AUGAGAAAGAAACUUCACAUGUAUGAGGAAUGUGGGAAGGUCUUCAGUCAUAGCUCCAAUCUCUCCAGCCACCAGCACAUCCACACAGGAGAGAAGUCCUUCAGGUGCUGUGACUAUGGCAAGGACUUCAGCUGCAGGGUGGCCCUGCAGAUCUACCAGAGCAUCCACACAGGAAGGAAGCCCAUGCCUGUGAAGCAUGUGAACUGUGCCUCAGCUCACAUUCUGCACUGUUAUGACACCAGAGAGGCUCUCCGGAGUGAGGCCUGUGGGAAGUGCUUCAGCUGGAGCAAGGACCUGGACAUCCACCAGAGAGUCCACACGGGGGAGUGGCCCUACAAGUGUGGGGCUUGUGGGAGGGGUUUUCGGCAUCACUCAGCCCUCAAGAGGCGCCAGAGGGUGCACACAGGGGAGAAGCCCUAUCCCUGUGCUGUGUGCGGGAAAAGGUUCAGUCAGAGUCCACCUACAGACACACCAACGUGUGCACAGUAA